AUGUCGCAGUGCACAAGAAAACAGCCGGCAGAGGACAGCCCUGGCUCUCCUUGCAAUAGCAAGUGCACCAGGGGACCUGUAGAGGAGGAUUUUACAGGACCAUUCAUGGCUGAUUGUAAUUGGGAGAUGCAAACGCACGAGCUGCAGAUUGAACAGCACACUGACUGUAUUGCAGACCUGGAAUCCAAAGUGCGGUCCCAGCAAGAUCUGCUGCACCGGCAGUCCAUGGACCUGGAACAUCUUGAGGCAAAAAUGGAUAUGUUGAAUGGGCAGUGCCCAAAGAUGAUGAGGGAUGCAAUCAAGAUUCUGGAGACAUGA